CUCCUCUGCCUCCCCAUGGAUAUGCACUGCAAAGCAGAUCCCUUCUCCGCGAUGCACCCAGGGCACGGGGGUGUGAAUCAGCUCGGGGGGGUGUUUGUGAACGGCCGGCCCCUGCCCGACGUGGUGAGGCAGCGCAUCGUGGAGCUGGCCCACCAGGGCGUGCGGCCCUGCGACAUCUCUAGGCAGCUGCGGGUCAGCCACGGCUGUGUCAGCAAAAUCCUGGGCAGGUACUACGAGACUGGCAGCAUCAAGCCUGGAGUGAUAGGAGGCUCCAAGCCCAAAGUAGCGACGCCCAAAGUGGUGGACAAGAUUGCCGAAUACAAGCGACAGAACCCGACCAUGUUUGCCUGGGAGAUCCGAGACCGGCUCCUGGCAGAGGGCAUCUGUGACAACGACACGGUGCCCAGCGUCUCUUCCAUCAACAGGAUCAUCCGGACCAAAGUUCAGCAGCCUUUCCACCCUACACCAGAUGGGGCCGGGACAGGAGUGACUGCCCCUGGCCACACUAUUGUUCCCAGUACGGCCUCCCCUCCUGUUUCCAGCGCCUCCAAUGAUCCAGUGGGGUCCUACUCCAUCAACGGGAUCCUAGGGAUCCCUCGCUCCAAUGGCGAGAAGAGGAAACGUGAUGAAGAUGUGUCCGAGGGUUCAGUCCCCAAUGGAGACUCGCAGAGUGGUGUGGACAGUUUGCGGAAGCACUUGCGAGCUGACACCUUCACCCAGCAGCAGCUGGAAGCUUUGGACCGGGUCUUUGAGCGUCCUUCCUACCCUGACGUCUUCCAAGCAUCAGAGCACAUCAAAUCGGAACAGGGGAAUGAGUACUCCCUCCCAGCCCUGACCCCUGGGCUUGAUGAAGUCAAGUCGAGUCUAUCUGCAUCCACUAACCCCGAACUGGGCAGCAACGUGUCAGGCACGCAGACCUACCCCGUGGUGACUGGUCGUGACAUGGCGAGCACCACUCUGCCUGGUUACCCCCCUCACGUGCCCCCCACUGGCCAGGGAAGCUACCCCACCUCCACCCUGGCAGGAAUGGUGCCUGGGAGUGAGUUCUCCGGCAACCCGUACAGCCACCCCCAGUACACGGCCUACAACGAGGCUUGGAGAUUCAGCAACCCCGCCUUACUAAGUUCCCCUUAUUAUUAUAGUGCCGCCCCCCGGGGCUCCGCCCCUGCCGCUGCUGCCGCUGCCUAUGACCGCCACUAG